GCGGCGGAGCUUAGGGUAAAUAUAAAGAUCUGACGAGAAAUUGACGUUGCUGCGCUGUGCUGCUCCUUCUUAAUUGAAGGAGCAGGCAGAGAAAAGCUCUCUCCUGCUGUGCUUUCAUUAAAAGGGCUCAAAAGUCUGGUUCUGGAAGUAAAAACCCUAUUCAUUUUUCCCAUUGAGAAUUGGAUUAUUAGCCAUAAUAUCAUAACCAUCCAAGCUCACCACCAGCUAUCUCAAUAUGUAUUGGUGCGUUAUGCUCCUGUACAUGAAAUUAGUUUAUAUUAAAUCAACUUUGUUUUUAGAAAAACACUGUUUAUUCUCCGGCAGAAGAACUAUACCACGAACCGAUCGCGUAAAUGCGACGUCUGAUUGGUUCAGCCCGCCAUUACCAUGAACAUUUUCAAAUGAGGUUUUGAAGGAGAAUUAUUUUUUUUCGAUAAAAUUAAAAUAAAAUAAUAAUAGACUUUCUGAAUUGAAAUAUUUUUCGUUUACAGGAAUGUUCUGUCGCAUAUGCCGCCAGCAUAAGCAGGCUGUAAAGAGAGGAUCACCCCAAAGGGUGUUCAUUGAGGUCCCCUCUCAGACGUUCAGAAAGGAUGUCUUGGAUACCCAUUUGAGGUCAGAACAUCACAGUGCAGCGUUUAAGGCCCACACAACUUUGGUUAAAGGUAAGAUUUAAUCUAAUGAUUUGAUUUCAGUGAAAGAAUUUGACAACUAGACUUUAAUCACAUUAAUGUGAAACUGAUGCGUAAGGGCUUAUUUUGCUCUUUGUCCAGGUCACUCUGUCACAGCAGCUUUCGAGCCUGUGGUCGUUAUUGAGCAUGAGGCUGUGGUGGGUGCUUUCAAGUGUCUGUACUGGCUGGUAAAACACGAAAUUGCCCACCACACUAACUAUCCAGCUCUGCUUGAGCUAGCUGAUCUGCUGGGUUGUGACUACUUUGCCAAACUGAAGGUAACUGUAUAAUAUUAACUGGUAAACUGUCAAAUGUAUUAUAAUAAGACUUAUAUAAUUUUAAUUUUUGUAUUUUUCUAUAUCUCUUUUAUUUUCAAAGAUAGGGAAAUCCACCAACUAUAGGUCCCACCGCAUGGUUGAUGAAAUGCUGGAAAUACUGGCUGGUGUUAUAGAAGCACCAAUCCUGCAGGACAUUAGAAACUCCCAGGCUGUCGGGAUCGAACUGGAUGAGAGCACUGAUGUUGCUGUGAUUAAACAGCUGGAUGUACAUGUUCGGUAAAAAGAUAAUGUUUUCUUGUAACAAUAAUUUAACAUAGUUUGAAAAAUAUAUUGCAAGAUCAAGCUAUGUGUAUUUAUUUAAUUUAAAAACUAUUUUAUUUUAGAUACCUUGAUAAAGAGGGAGUUCUUUUUAGCCAGUUUUUGGAUUUGGUUCCCCUUCCUGAUGGGAAGGCUGACACCAUUGUGACUGCCAUCCAUAAAAUCCUUGAUGAGAAGGGCAUUCCCAAGGACAAAAUAUUUGGUCUUGGGACGGACGGUGCAGCAGUCAUGACAGGUAUAAGAUUAUUGGACUUAAAUAUAUUGUUUUUUUUGCAAUUAUACCCUCAAAUCUUUUUUUCUUUUUAAAAAUAGGACGCCAUAAUGGAGUGGUGAAACAACUCUGCGACACCAUGCCAUGGCUAGUCGCUGUGCACUGUGCUGCCCAUCGUUUGGCUCUGGUCUGCAGAGAUGCCUCAGAGAAAACAGCCUACAUGAAGACUUUCAGGGACCACCUGCAGCAUCUACACCUGUAUUUUUGUAACAGCAGCAACAGGACAGAAGUUUUGAAGGCAGCAGCCACAACACUGGGAAUCGCUAAUCUGAAAGUUAAGGUAAGACAAACCUUAAUUUUUACAAGGAGGAAAGAUUACAGAAAACUGUUUCAUUGCACCAGAUAUUUCAUAAUAUUUUCCCUGCAAUAAUGUAUAGGAGGUCAAGGACACACGCUGGCUUUCUCAGCACCAGGCAGUGGCAAACCUGCAGAGAAAUCUCCCUGCAGUGCUGACGGCCCUUGCAGAGGAGGUACAACACAAUAAGUGCCCUGUGGCAAAAGGACUCUACUCCUUUUGUGCCACUUAUCGUUUUGUAGCUGCAUUGCACCUUCAGGCUGAUGUGCUUCCUCAUCUGGCGAGAUUGUCAAAGAUCUUCCAGAAGGAGGACGUUAAUUUCCUCGCUGUGAAAGACCAGGUUAGAUUAUCCACUGUCCUUGUUAUAACUUUUUUUUUAAUCCAAACAAAUGAUUUGAUAUUUUAAGACUAUUUGGUUGUGCAGUUGUCACACUGCAUACUAAAUGUAACUUUGUUUUUCCCUCAGGUACCAGUCACAAUUGCCUCAAUCCAAAGGAUUAAGGAGGCAGGUCACAACCAACCUCCUGGCUCAGCCCUGGCCAAACUCCACCACGACCUGAAUGAUCCCAGGGGGCUGGGAAUGUUUAAUAUCAGGGCUGAAGAGGAGAGAGAGAGGAGAGGGCAGCAGUCCUCUGGCAGCAGUGACCAGCAAUCAUUUUGGGGUCGAUUUUGCACUCAGGUAUUUAUUUUUAUAUUUAUUUAUAUUAGCUAAUUGCAACCUGACAGAUACAACUAUUUUGUACCACAAUUAUCAUAGGAUAACAAGUUUUUUUUUUAACAAACUAGGUGAUGGAGCCAUAUCUGCUGCAACUUGUGGAGCAGUUGAACGGGCGUUUCCAGGAACUCCACAUCCUUGGGGCAUUUAGUGUGCUGAGCCCACAAGCAGCCAGGAAGCUGGAUCAGGAUGUGCCUGUGAGCCAACUGAAGACUCUCGCAAAAAAGUUCCACCCAAUGGAUGAGCAGACACCGCUGGAAGAGUGGUCUUCAUUCAGAGAACAUCUCACUACUGGCAUUCUGAAGGACAAGAACCAGAUGGAUGUAAUGAAGGAGCUGACCUCACAGUACGAUGAGCUCAGUCAGCUCUACCCCUGUCUGAGCAAGCUUGCUGCAAUUGGGCUCACUAUUCCGCUCAGCAGUGUUAACUGUGAGCGAGAUUUUUCCACUAUGAACAGGGUGAAAACUGACCUCAGGAACAGGCUGCAGGGAGAGCACUUGGGGGACUGCCUGAAAAUAUCCAUAAAUGGGCCGCCUGUUGGAAACUUCCCUUAUCAAGAGGCCAUGGAGCAAUUCUUCCAAAAGCCAAGAAAGAUCAAGUGUAGCAACCAGCCAUGCUCACUGUGUUCAUAAUAAAAUAAGUGUAUUGUAAAUAAAAUUAGUGUAUUGUAAAUAAAAUUAGUGUAUUGUAAAUAAAAUUAGUUUAUUGUUAAUAACGUGUUUAUUGAAUCAUUAUCAACUUGUGAUGGCGAA